ACAAAGACCGAGAAACAAGCCACAAGGAGACAAAACGCUAAGACGUGAUCACCACGUUAUUAAAUUCCGGGUGAUUCAGAAGAGAUCACAAUAAUCUGGUUCACCGUACACAAGCGAGUGGGAAAGGGGAUAAGAUCGUCUGAUUAUGGGUCGGUUAAGAACAGGGGGAUGGAGUAAUGGAGAAGGCAGCAACAACUUGGCGCAAUUAGCAAGACAGAGGACUGAAAAGCGCACAUACACACUACUCACUCACAUUCACAAACACACAGAGAGAGACAGAAGGGGGAAAGGAUGUAUAUAUAUAUAUAAAGAACGAAAUGAGGGGGAGAAAAAGAAGAGAGAUCCAGCUAAAGGAGCGAGGUGGAAAUCAGAGGGACCGCAAAUGUAUGCCGCCCAGCAAUUCCGCAGUAGGGCUGAAGGGCUGAGCGGAAAAAGGAAAAAAAAAAUAAGAAAGUGAAAGGAGGGAGCUCAGGGAGAAGGAAGGCUGCGGAAGAGCGAAAAUUGGACGAGAAAUAAGCUGUCGAGCAGUGCUUGGCACCGAAACUGCAGUGUACUAAACUACCCAGAAGAUAAAUAGUUCCUUGGCAGUGAUGGAUACAGUAGAGCGAG